ACCCAGCAAAGGGAGUGAGAAGUAGAUCUCCUCCCAGCUGUCUUGGCGCCGUCAGACAUCUCCGAGUCCUCCUCGAAGUCAUCGUAUCCCCUCCAGGCCUGCUCCACCUCCCGCGCCCGCCUUCCCAAGUCCGACUUAAGCUCAGGCAAGCCACCCAACGGCAGCACCAGCAUGGCAGAUCCGCUAGCGGCGACACCCCCGGUUACGAAGCAGAUCAGCGGCCAAAGUGCCUGGCAGCACAUGGAAGAAGAGCCCGUGGAACUCCGAGACGCCUCCCAGCGUUUGGUGGUAGACGCAGCCGGGAAGGAGAUUCCUUUCGGGAGCCUCUACAAGGAGCAAAAGGCAAUCGUUGUGUUUGUGCGGCAUUUCUUGUGUUAUGCUUGUAAGGAAUAUGUGGAAGAUCUGGGCAAAGUACCCAAGGCAUUUUUACAACCUGAUCCUGUCCAUGUUUACUCAAAAAAUGCAAAUGUCAAACUUGUCAUUAUUGGACAAUCAUCACACCACCAUAUAAAGCCAUUUUGCCACUUGACAGGUUAUUCUCAUGAAAUGUAUGUAGAUCCCAAGAGGGAGCUGUAUAGAACACUUGGCAUGAAAAGAGGAGAAGCAUUCGUUACAUCAGCGCAGAGCCCUCAUGUAAAAUCCAGCUUGCUAUCAGGAAGCAUUAAGAGCAUGUGGAGAGCAAUGGCUAGCCCCGCAUUUGAUUUCCAAGGAGAUCCAGCUCAGCAGGGAGGUACUUUGAUUUUAGGCCCAGGUAAUGAAAUCCACUUUGCACACUUUGACAGGAAUAGGUUGGAUCAUGCUCCCAUUAACAGUAUUUUGCAGCUUGCAGGAGUUCAAACAGUAGACUUCAGCAGCAGAGCUCAGAUUAUUGAUGUGUGACUUGUCAGAAGAAGAAAAAUCCAGGUGGCAAGUUAAAUGAUACACAGCAACACGCCCCCUUCCAGUAAAUCACCAGGGGAGAGAUUACUGUAACAUCACUCAAUGGAAAAUCCCUGGCUACUGAGUAAACAGGUUUCCAACAGUUGAGUAAAGGACUUCACACUUAGGUUGUAUUCACGAAAACAAUAUAUAGGCUAUGAUGCAUUUGACAAGAAACCACGUUUAAAGCAGCUGCACAAAAAGGUACUUUAUGCAUUGCAAUAUAUUUAUUUUAAAAGAAACCUACUGUUUAAAAUAGAUGCACACAUGCCAUAUGAGAAUUUGUAAAUUUUACAGCCAGUUCCCAAUAUUCUAUUUCUUUGUUGUGCUCUAGCAGUGGGCCAGUUUGGACAAAACUCCAACUGGCCAGUCCUAACCACAUGGUGAACCACAUCGCACAUCCUCCCCCUUCCCAUCCAGGUAUUUCAUCUAUGUGUUGAGGGAUGAGUCCAAUGAAUUGCUCCUCUGCGCACAAUUAGGCACAUGCCCAAUGUGUGGGAGACAUACGCACCCACAUUCCUGCCCCACAUGACUGUGAGGGCUCUUCAAAAUGUUAACUGGAUUGGCCCAAGGCACGCUGGAAUGUGAUAUUUAAACAAGAAAGAAGGUCACCUGUCAGUGGGAUUCUGGGCAUGACUUGUCCUUACCUCUGUGGAUGUCUGGCUUUCGGCAGGGAUCCCCAAAUGAAGACAUCAAGUUAUAUUUGUUGUUAGUCCCAAGACAUAGGCCCAGAAUAGAUCAAUCUGUUAUACCUCUUUCCUGGAUUAUUCUCCUGGGAUACCAGGUACCUUUGGUUUCAUAGACCCCUAUUCCUGUCUACAUCUAGGUUUGCCAGUGAAAAUCCAGUGUGGGUAAGGUAACACGUAUUGUUCAGGCAUUAUAUUACCCAUUGAUGCUAUACUUGAGUACAGUGUCCACAGAAGUGUGUCUGUAAGCCCCGCUCCUUUACUGAUGUGCCCUGGAAAAACCCUGCUACUCCCACUCGCCACACUUGCAGUGUUUGUGUCUUCAACACUGCAAAGCAUAAUCAUGUUGGGGGAGGGGCAGAACCGUCAGACUACACUCACUCUGCAAUUUAAACACUACUUUAAAAUAGCAUUUGGACACACACACACACACACACACACACACACACACACACACACACUAUGCAGAUCUGGAUGGUGCACCAGAUGGGGAAGAUGGGGAAAACUUUAUAAAGUGGUAUUUAAAUUGUGCAGCAAGGAUGGUUCAGAUGUUGGAGCUUUGCAUGGUGUAAUGUGGUGGUAGGACGGCAUGCCAGUGGCAGGAGAAAUGUGCAGGCACACACUGCUCCCCAUGUGAUUUGGUGUGCCAGUCAGGCAGUAACAUCCAAAUUGGCCCCAUUAGUCUGUCAAGUGCCAUGAAGCUGUUCACUGGUUUUGCUGCACAGAAAAACAUGAUUAUUAUUACAAAUAUUUAUAUAUCGCUUUUUAACAAAAAGUUAUCAAAAUGGUUACAUAGCAACAUGACUACCCCUCUGGGAGUUGAGUAUAUUUUGUAUGCAUUUGAGCUUUGCAUAAAAAUGUAUUGUGCAUUUUCUGCACUGCUGUUCAAAUUAUUUCCCUCUGCCUACCUGUGUAUGUGAGCCACCUAAUGGCGCAGCAGGGGAAAUGACUUAUCAAGCCAGAAGCUGCCAGUUUGGAUCCCUGCUGGUAUGUUUCCAAGACUAUGGGGAACACCUAUAUUGGGCAGCAGCGAUAUAGGGAGAUGCCGAAAGGCAUCAUCUCAUACUGCGUGGGAGGAGGCGAUGGCAAACCCCUCUUGUGUUCUACCAAAGACAACCACAGUGCUCUGUGGUCACCAGGAGUUGAAACUGACUCGAUGGCACACUUUCCCUUACCUUUACCUAUGUAUGUAUGUAUCUGCCUACUGAGGAUAACUUCAUACAUCUGAUGAAGUGGACCCUAUUUCAUGAAAGCAUAUGCCAUAAUAAAUCUGCUGGUCU